GCGGGGUGGGCGGAAGAGGGAGGAAAUCCCAUCGCGGAGACGCCGGCCUGGACGUUCCCGCCUCCUCCGAUACUGUCAGGUCGGAUCGGAGAAGGGUCACCGCCUCCUCCAGCGAGCAGGGGGGCGGAGCCCGGCUCAGGCUUCGUGUUAUAGGAGCUUUGGGGGAUGCAGUGGUUAAGGACGGCCGUUCCCCCUCCUCCCGUUGUUUGGAGGACAGAUUUGUACGGGAAUGCUAACAUUGAAUCAAGGGGGCUUGAAGAUAAUUCACAAGGGAUGCCGCCUGCCUAGUCCUCUUCUGGAGAACUUGCUUUUUUCCUUUGCUGAAAUCUUCCGAUUUCCCAGGAUCAUGGAUUUCCCUGGACACUUUGAACAGAUCUUCCAGCAGCUGAACUACCAGAGACUUCACGGGCAGCUCUGUGAUUGUGUCAUCGUAGUGGGGAACAGACAUUUUAAAGCCCACCGCUCUGUACUAGCAGCAUGCAGCACGCAUUUCCGAGCCCUGUUCUCAGUGGCAGAGGGAGAUCAGACCAUGAACAUGAUCCAGUUGGAUAGCGAGGUGGUGACAGCGGAGGCCUUUGCUGCACUGAUUGACAUGAUGUACACCUCCACCCUCAUGCUGGGGGAGAGCAAUGUUAUGGAUGUCUUAUUGGCAGCCUCUCACCUGCAUUUGAACUCUGUUGUUAAAGCUUGUAAACAUUACUUAACGACAAGGACGCUGCCCAUGUCACCCCCCAGUGAGCGCGUCCAGGAGCAGAGUGCCCGCAUGCAGCGCUCCUUUAUGCUGCAGCAGCUGGGGCUGAGCAUCGUGAGCUCAGCCCUCAAUGCCAGCCAGAGUGGCGAGGAGCAGCCGGCCCCCAUGAGUUCUUCGAUGCGCAGUACCCUGGACCAGCGGACACCCUUCCCCAUGAGACGCCUUCAUAAGCGCAAGCAGUCUGCGGAGGAGCGGGCCAGACAGCGCCUCCGACCCACCAUGGACGAGUCUGCCAUUGCUGAUGUCACGCCAGAGAACGGGCCGUCAGGAGUUCAUUCUCGGGAGGAGUUCUUUUCACCCGAUUCCCUGAAAAUUGUGGAUAACCCUAAGGGUGACGGAAUGACCGACAACCAGGAAGACAGUGCCAUCAUGUUUGACCAGUCUUUUGGUGCUCAAGAAGAUGCCCAGGUGCCCAGCCAGUCCGACAAUACUGCGGGCAACAUGGCCCAGUUGUCCAUGGCCUCCCGUGCAACUCAGGUUGAGACUAGUUUUGAGCAGGAAGCUGCAACUGAGAAAAGUGGUUUUCAGUGUGAAAAUUCCGAUGUUGGCCUUGGUGAGAAGGAACACAUGAGAGUGGUGGUUAAAUCUGAGCCUCUGAGCUCUCCUGAGCCUCAGGAUGAAGUGAGUGAUGUGACCUCGCAAGCAGAAGGCAGCGAAUCUGUGGAAGUGGAAGGGGUUGUGGUCAGUGCCGAGAAGAUAGACCUCAGCCCUGAAAGCAGUGAUCGGAGUUUUUCAGAUCCCCAGUCUAGCACUGAUAGGGUCGGUGACAUCCAUAUUUUGGAAGUCACAAACAACCUAGAACAUAAAUCCACUUUUAGCAUUUCAAAUUUUCUUAACAAGAGCAGAGGAAGUAACUUUAGUGCAAAUCAGAACAAUGAUGAUAAUAUCCCAAACACUACUAGUGACUGUAGGCUGGAGGGCGAGGCCCCGUAUUUGUUGAGUCCAGAGGCUGGGCCUGCGGGCGGGCCCUCCUCGGCCCCCGGCUCUCACGUGGAGAACCCGUUCAGUGAGCCAGCAGACUCCCAUUUUGUCAGGCCUAUGCAGGAAGUGAUGGGCCUGCCAUGUGUGCAAACGUCAGGCUACCAAGGAGGAGAGCAGUUUGGGAUGGACUUCUCCAGGUCUGGUUUGGGCCUCCACUCCUCCUUUUCCAGGGUAAUGAUGGGCUCCCCGAGAGGAGGAGCCAGUAACUUCCCAUACUACCGACGCAUAGCUCCCAAAAUGCCGGUUGUAACUUCUGUCAGGAGCUCUCAGAUCCCAGAAAACUCUGCCAGUUCCCAGCUAAUGAUGAAUGCGGCCACAUCCUCAUUCGAAAAUGGCCAUCCUUCGCAGCCUGGCCCUCCGCAGUUGACCAGGGCGUCUGCUGACGUCCUGUCUAAGUGCAAGAAGGCCUUGUCGGAGCACAACGUCUUGGUGGUAGAGGGGGCUCGCAAGUACGCCUGCAAAAUCUGCUGCAAGACUUUUCUGACCCUGACAGAUUGCAAGAAGCACAUCCGUGUUCACACAGGUGAAAAACCCUAUGCCUGCCUCAAGUGUGGCAAGAGGUUCAGUCAGUCCAGCCACCUGUAUAAACAUUCAAAGACUACCUGCCUGCGCUGGCAGAGCAGCAAUCUUCCCAGCACUUUGCUCUAACCCCGACCUCUCGAGAUUGCGCCGAAGCCAGUUGUUGGACCGAAGCGAACAUCUCUUCUGGUUGGAGGUUAAUGCCAUUGGGCUUGAGGCUUUGGGCCCCCCCAGUGGCGCGUGCAAAUUCCAGUGACUAGUAAGUGGAGAAUUAAUAGGUGUAGCACUUGUGCUGCUGCUGCGUUUCUGAGUGAAAUGCACACUUUUAGAGAGGGAUGCAGUCCCCGAAACCCAGUUCUUCCUUAGGGUUGAGUAAUACAGUCAGAAAGUAGUUUGUAAUUGAUGGUGUUAAAAGUGGCACAUUUAAAAAUUAAAAAUUGAAGUGCAAAAAAAUUUUUUUAGCAAUUUUUGUAAAACUCUGUGAAGCAUUUAAUUAAAUUUCCUAUAUCCUCUGAAGGGAAUAUUAUAUACUUGUACAGUGAUGCAAAACGCACUUAUGUGUAACCAGUGGCGAUCUUGUGCCUGUCUGCAAGGAAGGCCCUUGAGGACAUGCCUGCCCGCCACAAAUGCUUUAAAGUGUAUCAUGAGCUAGUCCUAGGCCUCAGAAAGUACUGUAUUUUUCAUUUUUGUCUCAACUGCAGUCACAGACGCUGCACUUUGAUGGUGCUGACACUGGGUCCAGAGCAAGCAUUCUCCGGACUGUUAGGUGUACAUACUUUUGAAAACAUCACUGCUGGAUAGAUGUUUUAACAGUUUUUCCUGGUUUUAAAAACAAAGUUGUAAAUGGAGUAUGUACUGUAGGGAGUGGCAAGUAAGGUAUUGUUUCUGUUUGUGCUGUUUUAGCAGUAUUUUAACCUACUUGUAUUACAUAUGUUACAGUUCCAUGUUUGGAAGUCAGAAAAGAGCUAGUGUGUGUCUUUGUUCUAAUGAUGUGGAGUCCUGUUUUGUGGGAUCUUUCAUGGUGCAUCCAUCCAGGCUUUGGGGGUCAGUCCUGCCUGACGCAUUUCACCCGGUCACAAGCCUGUUCUCUGCUUUGCUUCUCCGCACUCUCCUGCCCCGCCUGGCAUCUUUUCCAGGACUGCAUUUCUGUUUUUGUUGCAAACUAACCAAAAAUAAUGUUAACCCCUCUCCACCAUGGGUUUAUCCCUUUUAUAUACUAUAGUUUUAAAUUCUAGACCAUGAACUUUUACCGUUGUGGCUCCAACCCAAGACUGAACGUUUUAAAUUGUUUAGAAUCCAAACGUAGUAGCGGUGUUCCCAGAUAAAUAUUUUCCAGACUUUAUAAGAGAGCUGGGCAGCCUAGAGCAUGGAAGUCACCAAGUAGCACCUGAGACCAUUAGAGGAGACCGUUGGGCCACUGUCUGGGGUCUCGGUCUCUGUGGGUGCCGCCGCCCCCCCCCCCCCCCCCCCCGCCUCUCCAGCCCCACCUGCACCUCAGGGCUGUUGGUGGCACCUGCACUAGGCUGAGCCCUGGCUAGUGUGCAUCCAGGGGGACAGGUUUCUGUGGAGCUCAUGAAGUGAGUUUAAUUCAUGCAUGCGCAUGAGUUCAUUUUUUAUACAGCUCCUUCAGGGACAUCAAACUGUUGUGCAUAAUCGAAAGAAGCCCUUCAGGUCUUACUUGGAACUGUUUAGAGAGCUAAGUACGUGUAGCCUAAAACAAUCGGCAUGUGUUUUCUUCCCUUUAUCUAGUGUGUCCAGUUACAUAUCUGUCUGUGGAUAAACUCACAUUGUUCGUAGUCAGGCUUAGCAUCUCCUAUGAACUGAUUCCCAGGGAGAAAGCCAAAAAAGGAAACUUCUGUGACUCCUCUCCUUUUCCACAGAUGUGGGAAAGAGACCGUUGGAGGAUGUGGGGUCACGUGUGAAAUUCAGUUGUGUGUGCGGCUGUUGUUAGCAGUCACAUUCUGCCGGGCUGUGAGGGGGCUCUCCUGUGCCCCUCUCCUUGAUGCGGGGACCAGUGUCUUGUGAGGAGAUUAACCUUGGGAGGCAGGUGGGUCAAGGUGGAGCAUAGGACAGGGCCUGCCUGGGCCCGGGGACGGGGAGCAGCGGCAAUGGGGAGAGCAGUGGUAGCUCUCCUUCCCUUCCAUCUUGGGAGGAGGUGCCCGGAGGCUGGGCCCUCACCUCAGCUCGGGCAUUAAGUGGACUUUGCGUUAGGGCCUCUCUCUGAUAUAGGGGCUGGACCCUGCCUCUCCACUGCUAGAUAGAAUCUGGACUCUCUCAUCUACCUCUUAGGCAAUCGGUUUCUAUAUGCGAGAAGCAAGCUUUUGGGCCAGUGUCCUCAUACAUACUAUAGAACUUAAAAAUAACUCAGAGGUUCCCUGUACAACCAGUCUCAGGGGUCCUAUGAGCCGUAGUUUCUACCUGAAUUACAACUGGUUUGGGGUACCUGAAUUUUGAUUGGUUAGCCUUAAUUAUAGCCUGGCAUAAUCAUUUCUGGUGAUCAAAUUGCAAAGUUCUAUCAGGGCACCUAUGUCAGUGGUGCUAUGCUGGUCAAAAUUUGAGAUUUUGAAAUAAAAAAUUUGACACAUACAUGCCUCUAA